AAACUGCGUAAAUGAAGCUCGACAAACAACAACAGCAUCCUUGUGUAAGUGUCCGAGCAGUGCAGACUUAAAGUGUUCGUGUGUGUUUGAGCUGCAGACAUGUCUGUUCUGCGGAGCAUCUGUGCUUCAGCCAGAAGACACGUCGUCUCUCCGGGUCUAACGCUGGACCGAGUCUUCACAGGGUCUUCACGAGCAGCUAGCGGAGCGGCGAAGGACAAGCAGCCGCUGAAGAAAGCUAAAACCCCGCAGGGUCGGUUUGACAACCCCGAGGAGAAGAGCAGAGAUGUUCUUGAAAAGUUCCCUGAUGACGUGAACCCUGUAACCAAGGAGAAGGGGGGCCCUCGUGGACCGGAACCCACCCGCUAUGGAGACUGGGAGAGAAAGGGCCGCUGUGUCGACUUCUAGCUCAUUACACGUAAAUCUGUUUUGUCACACCUGCAUUCUGUAGAGGAAGAUGGGUGUUUCUGACUGUGAAUGUAUCAAUAUAAACAUACAUGUUGGACAAAGAAACUAGUUUUACUUGUACAUGUCCUGGCUGUUAAUAUUUUGCAUUUUGCUAAACAAAAGCAAACAGAAUAUCAUCAAAAAUCUGAUGUGAGGUAACUUGAUGCCCAAAUGGUUAGGGCACACACCACAUGGGCUUAAAUGCCCUGAGCAAGGAGUCCACAGUUUGACUCCUGGCUGGCUGGACCAUUCCUCUUACUCUCUCCCUGCAUUUCCUGUCUGUCUCCAUUGUCACAAAAAAAUAACUUAAAAAAUCUGAUGUGUGAAGCUCUAAGAUAUGUUUUGCACAUUAAUGUUGUUGUGAAAGAUCAAUAAAAAGAAAAGUGAUUCAA